AUGCGGUUCACCAAGUCAACUUACCCUUUUGCACGUGCUUACUUUCCUCACUCUUUUCUCUUUCUCUCUCUCUCUCACAUUCCACCACCCCACCAAAAGAAGACCUUAGCCGCCACCGACGUUGGCAUCUUUUUCGUUCGAUUAAGCUCCGGAUUCCACUUUUGUUUUUUGGUUCCAAUCUUUCUCUCUUGUUUUAAUUUCGUUAUAUUUCUCUUCCACUCUCUUACACGCCAUUCUCUCUCUCUCUCUCUCUCUCUCUCUCUCUCUCUCGUCUUCUUUCUCUCGGUAUUUCCUCCCUCUCUCUCCUUCUGGCAUUUUUCUCUUCUUUAUUUAUUCUUUGACUCUCUUUUUCUGAUCUCUCUCUCUCUCUCUUUCGCUUUCUUUUACGGUUUCUCUCUCUCUCUCAACAUUUUUCUCUUCUCCAUCUAUUCUCUAUUCUCAUCUGCUCUCUCUCUCUCUCUCUCUCGCCUUGUUUCUCUUCAUCUCUCUCUCUCUCUCUCUUUCGACAUUUCAACAUCUCUCUCAUUCAUUCAUUCAUUCUCUAUACACACACACACACACACAUAUAUUGGCAUCUCUCCCUCUUUCUUUCUCUCUCUCUCUCUCUCUGAUUUGUUAUACGGCGCCUGCCGUAGAACGAUCGGUUGGCACAGUUGUCUCGCUAGUGAAGUAUGUUUGAUCCUAAAGCGGCGACUCAAUAAUGAGGCCAUAUUCCUGGUUAAACAAACCUCAGUAAACACUUGUCUAAAACGACUGCUCUAG